AUGGAUGCGUUCAAUGCGAAGGGCGCUGAGCUCCAAAAACAAGUUUCAGUUCUAGAUGCGGAUCAUCCUCUUUUCUACGCUUGGGACAGGUGCAAUAAUCUAGUUCAUACUUGGAUUAUGAAUAUUGUUACAUCUUCAAUUGCACAGAAUUUAGUUUACAUUGAGAAUGUGAUUGAUGUUUGGAAUGAGUUGAAAGAACGUUUCUCACAAGUAGAUUUGAUUAGAAUCUCUGAAUUGCAAAGUGAAAUUUAUAAUUUGAGGCAAGGAUCUUCAACUGUUACUGAUUUCUUCACUGAAUUGAAGACUCUAUGGGAAGAAAUCGAUGAUUUUAGACCACUGCCAAUCCUUUUAAUGAAACCCUUACCAACAUUGAAUGAAGUUUUCUCUAUGGUAAUCCAACAAGAGAGGCAAUUAGGUUCAGGAAAUUCAGGACAAGUAGUAAAUGAAUCAAGGUCUAUGCUUAAUGUUGUUGAUUAUAGAAGUGGUUAUGGAAGAGGUAGAGGUUAUCCUCAAGGGAAUCAGAUUUAUGGUGGAAGGAGUUCCACUCCUGCUUCUAAUUCAGGAAAUGGCAGAGGAUACUAUCAAGGUUCACGAAGAGUGAAUAAUUUUCACUCUAAUGAUCACUACAAUGGUGAUCAUACCUUUUUUACUGAGGAUAUUCAGUCUACACAUUCUGAUGUUAAUCAAGCAUCACAUGCUUCUCAUGUUUCAGUUCCUGGUUCUAGUUCUAAUGCUGCAUCUUCUUCCUCAGCUUCAGCACCACAGAUUCAAGACUUCACACCAGAUCAGUUUCAGAAGUUGUUGAAAUUGAUCCAAGGAAAUGAUUCUCAGUUUGUCAAUUCCACACAAAUUAACCAGUUGAGGAUUCAUGAGAAUCCGCACAAUGUCAAUCAGUUUAAUGUUCAGCAUAAAAGUCAUUAA